AUGGCCGCAAGACAACUCCGCAGACUAACCCUACCAAACCACUUCCACCUUCCCAUCCUGCCUCACGCCCGCCAUCUAAGUACAGCACAGACAAAUUGCCAUCGAUUCGACCACGAAACCGACAUCCUAAUCGUCGGCAGCGGCGCCGCAGGCCUCACCGCCGCUCUACGCGCCCACUCCCACGGGCUCUCGUCCCUAGUCAUCGAGAAAGAUGCCCAAAUAGGCGGCACCUCGGCCUACUCCGGCGGCGGCCUCUGGAUCCCUAAUAACCCGCUCGCCGUGGAGGCCGGUGUAACCGACACCCCAGAGCAGGCAAUGACGUACCUGACAUCUGUCAUCGACGCGGACACCCCCGAAGACACCGACGUCCGCCGCGCCUCAUCCCCCGCCCGCAAGCGCGCCUUUCUCGCCCACGGCCCCCGCAUGGUCUCCUUCCUCCGGGACCGCGGAUUCGCCUGGCGCCUCAGCCCAGGCUGUCCAGAUUACUAUCCGCACGCGCACGGCGCACUACCGACCGGCGGGCGCUCCAUCGAGCCGGACGUGUUCGACGCCCGGCGACUCGGGCUCGGCGAGAAAUGGACGGAGGCUAUCCGGCAGCGGCCUGGCCGGUCGGUCCCGUUAUUCACGUACGAAGCUAGCAGCGCGACGCGCAUGGGGGCGUCGUGGCGUGAUGUCGGGACCGUGCUGCGCGUGCUCCUCCGCAGCAUAUAUCUUUCCCGUGUGCGGGGACAGAUCCCCGUGACGAUGGGCAAGUCGCUGGUUGCGCAGCUCUUGUGGUUGCAUACGCAGCUUGGCCAGGGUCCGGUGCUCACGGAUACGGCGCUGCGCCAGCUCAUCGCUACCCCUGAAGGGGCCAUUCGCGGGGCGCGCGUCGCGACGCCAGAUGGGGAAAGGAGCAUCCGCGCUCGUCGCGGGGUGCUGCUCUGCGCUGGGGGUUUCGCGCAUAACCAGGGGCUCCGUGAGCGGUAUGGCCCGGCGCCUGCGAACGCCGAGUGGACCAGUGCCGCGCGGGGCGACGACGGGGAUGCCAUUGUCGCGGGUGUGCGGGUCGGGGCAGCAACGGCCCUGAUGGACGAGGCAUGGUGGGGCCCGACGCUGCGCGACCCCGUCCGGGGGAUAUAUUACUUUGCGCUGCAGGAGCGAGCGCGGCCGUUUGGUGUUAUUGUUGACUCGUCCGGCAAGCGAUUCAUGAACGAGGCUGAGCCGUACACGGAUGCCGGCCACCACCAAUAUGCGCAGAAGGCCGUCCCAGCGUGGUUCGUCUUCGACUGGAACCAUCGCAAGCGGUACGCGGUGGGCUCGCUGAUGCCGCGGCAGCAGCCCCCUGCGCAGGCGCUGGAGGCGGGGUAUAUCCACCGCGCCGAGACGAUCGCGGAGCUGGCGCGGCAGAUCGGGGUGGAUGAGGAGGGGUUGCAGGGUACGCUGGCGAGGUUCAAUGAGAUGGCUGACUGCGGCGUUGAUAGCGACUUUGCACGCGGAGAGAGCGCCUUCGACAAUUACUUUGGGGAUCCGACUGUGCGGCCAAACCCGAACCUGGGGGCUGUGCGGACGCCGCCCUUUUACGCGAUCCCGCUUGUGCCGGGCGAUCUGGGCACCAAGGGGGGUCUGCUUACGGAUGAGCAUGCCCGGGUGAUCAGAGAGGAUGGGACGCCUGUGCAGGGGCUGUAUGCGGCCGGCAACACGACUGCCAGCGUGAUGGGACGGACAUACCCAGGGGCAGGGGCUACAUUAGGACCGGCGAUGACGUUUGCUUUUAUAGCAAUGGACCAUAUCUCUUCUGAGCAUGUAUAG